CGACAAUUCGUGAGCUCUGCUAAUGAAUUAAAGCUGGAUUUGUACGAGAGUAAUGUAACAUAUCUACUGCAGACAGAAGAAUCGAAAUAUAAUUGAAAACAUACAGGCAUACAAGAGAUAGAUUGUUCAAAAGCUAAUCAUGGAUCACAAACUGGUAUUGGUAUACAUAUUGUUUCUUCGACUUGAAUAUAUCCGUUGCGCUAAUAUUACUCAGGUCGAAACUUUAUACACUAACUUAUUCCAGAAGUACAACAGGAAACUAUUUCCAUUGAUAAACCAUAAUGAUACUGUAAACGUAAGUUGUACAGUGGGAAUUGUUAGUAUGAAUAAUUUUGAUGAACUUUCUGGAGAAAUCGAGCUUACUAUGUUAUUCUAUAUGCAAUGGGUUGAUGAAAGGCUGACGUGGACACCGUCCGAAUCCGGCGGUAAAUCAACACUGCUAGUUCCCCCGGAAGAUGUUUGGCGCCCACAGCUCUACUUGCUACAGUCGUUUGACAGAAUUCAAGAUAUAAGUAAUGAGUCAAUGAUGGUUCGAUUAUCCUCAAGUGGCCUAGUAAUAUGGAACCCGGGAAGCGUAUUAAAAAUUGUAUGCUCAGUGGACGUAACAUAUUUUCCUUUCGAUACCCAGACAUGUGACGUAACUGUUUCUGGGUGGGCGUACACAGCAGACGAAGUAAUGUACUACACCACAUCUAGUACGGUAUUUCAAGAUUAUUUCAGUUCAAACAGUCAAUGGACGCUUGAGUCUGCAUCAGUAAUAAAUUAUACGGAUAUUAUACCAUCAUUUCCUCCAUCAAUAAACAUUGCACUUAAAUUGAAAAGAAGAAGUGAUUUCUUUGUGGUCUACAUUAUUUUUCCAAUGGUUUUCCUCGGCUCCAUAAAUAACCUCGUGUUCGUUAUGCCUGCGAGUUCUGGCGAGAGAACGUCAGUAGCUAUUACCACAUAUCUGUCUUUUAUCGUCUUUAUGCAGAUGAUAAAUGACACGGUUCCUGAAAGUUCUGCUCCUAUGGCUUACAUUUAUUACUAUAUAUUGUUCCUGCUGGUAUAUAGUUCAGCCAUUCUGUUUUUGUGUAUAGUUUCAUUACGUAUUCAAGACAAGGAGGAUCCAGUUCCGUCAGCUGUGAAAAAGGUAGUAUUCUUGCUUCGCUUUUUGUGUUUUAAACGGAAAAAGAAAUCAAUCGUUAUGCCCGAGAGGAAAUUUUCUAACGUUUCAAUACAAGCUGAAGUCAAAAACAACAACUUCAAUGAAAACAUGGAAAAUUAUAAGGAAGCCGACAGUCCUACAGUGACGUGGAAAAUAGUGGGAAAAACAUUCGACAAGUACUGCUUUACUGCUUUGUUUAUAACAUUUUUGGUGAUGACAACUCAAACGUUCACAAAAUUAUACACUAAUCAGGGCUUCUAACUUUAAGCAACAUUUAAGUAUCAAUUCUAUAGUGUAAUUUAUUGCUAAAUUAUAAAAUCUUUUCUUCCUCAUGAGUUUAUGAACUGGAUUACAGCUGUUCAAUAAUAUUUGCAUAUUUUAGCAAGAUCACAUACCUGAAAACAAAUACUUUUUUUCAGCAUUUGCUCAAGUAAGAGAGAAAAAUGAUCUAUUUGACGGCAUGAACACACUAUAUUCAAAAGACUUCUACUGAAAUAUUAAAAAUACUCCAUAAAGUAUACUAAACUUCUCUCAAUAUCCUUAACCCUGUGCUUUAUGGAAUUUUCAUAAACACUUUCAGAGCCCUACAUCUAGAAUUUUAAUGCAUUUUAAAUGAAUUCAGAGUAGUGCAAUUUAUAAGGUAAAUCAGCAAAUAUAUUGCCUUCAGUCAUCUAAGAAUGUAUAAAGUGAAUAGGGACAAGAAAAACAAUAUUAUGACAAUAGUAUAACAAAAUGAAAACCAUGUAUACUUUUAGAAACUGUAAAGACCUUCUUUCAAACGUAUGUACAACACAUGUUUACUAUUUGUUGACACAAUAUUGCAUACAUUUAUUCAGUGCUGCUAACCACUUUAAAGUAUUCCUAGCACAGCACAUUCAUGAAGUGUUAUCAAUACAGAAGAGCCUCGCAGAAAUACAUCUAUUCAUGAAUAACAGGACUUAAUAUAGAAUAUAUGCAAAAGUUCCAACUUAAUCAGCAUAGAGAUUAACUGAAAUAUGAUAAAUCAAUAAGAACAACAUUAAAAGAUUGAAAUACUAAUUGAUUUUUUUUUUGUAUUUAUUCCAUCUACGUAGGCAUACUAAAGGCUUUUCGCAAAUAUAUUUGUUUUCAUUGAGUGAUAACAGUUACACACUAUACUCAUUAAAACUACAUUGUUAGAAUAAGCUGCAAUAGAAACAUUUCAAAACAUUACCGAUCCGGCUUUUAAAGUGAUUAGAAACAGGAACAGAACGGCAUUUUAUUAAACAGAUUGCGUCGUUACACAGACAGUUAAUAGAGGAUAAACAACAGUAUCAACCAUUUAACAGAGGCAUAGCAGGUUUGGAAUAUCAAGCUAGAUUUGUUAUAACAGCAUGUUUCGUAUUUUUUACAUAAUAGACCUUUGGUAAAAAUACCCUUUAAUGUAUUUAUCCCUUCGGUUUUCAUUACAUGGACACUUACAUUAUAAGGGAAAAUCGUCGUUUGAAUCAAACAAAUACAAUGUAAGAAGUAUCUUUCAGUUCUAUGUAUAAUAUUUCGUGAAUAACGAUCAGUCUGUAUUCUAAGGAAAUGCUCUUGUGUAAUAUAUUCUAACAUUCAAAGAACAAAUGGUAAUACAUCAAAAUAUGAUUCAUAAUGUAAGGUUUGCUUAAAAUGUUUGAAUUAAUAAAGUACUGCUAUGUUAGCUACAACAACAUUCCAUUUUUGUGUUAAACAAGCAAUGACACGUUGCUUAAAGUUGUUUGGGAAUAAAUGUAACAAUUCUUUUUCGGCGACGCCGUCUAAAUUCGUUUUCGUUUUCCUAUGCCACGUGACUUCAGUUUGCCAAUCAAACUACUUGAUAACGCAUUAUAGAUAAUUUAUCAAAACGGAAGAUUUAUGCAACACUCUGCCUGAUUGGACGAGAGUGUCAAUUUCUUUCACUCUGUUGACUGUGCUACGCUGAGUGAAAUGUAGACAAAGCGUUUAUCCUAAACGACGCUGCUCACAGUUUUAAAGCCAACUUUGGCUCAAUAUAUUUAGCAAGAAUAUUGAUAUAUCUCAAAAUAAUAAGUAAGUUUAAUAAAUAUGAUAAAAACCUGUUCAAAUACCAACAUAUAUCAAAUUAAAGAAAGAGCUGAAUACGGUCUGCGUAUCACAUGAAUAAGGGUGUGUUAAGAGUCUUUUAUGUAGAGAAGUGCUUUUUAAAAGAUUUUCCUUGUUACAAUUGUCGUCUGUAUAUGAAAAGGUUUCUUGCUUUUGUGACUUAUUCAGUUUGCAUAUUAAAAUGAGUACUUGUUUGC